GAUAAGGAGAAGAAGAAGAAGGAGAGUAUUUUGGAUCUUUCCAAGUACAUUGACAAAACAAUCCGAGUGAAGUUCCAAGGGGGGAGAGAAGCAAGUGGUGUCUUGAAAGGAUUUGACCCCCUUUUAAACCUCGUGCUCGAUGGUACCAUUGAAUAUAUGCGAGAUCCAGAUGAUCAGUACAAAUUAACAGAAGACACACGUCAGCUGGGACUUGUGGUCUGCAGAGGGACUUCUGUGGUUCUUAUUUGUCCACAGGAUGGAAUGGAAGCUAUUCCAAAUCCUUUCAUUCAGCAGCAAGAUGGUUAAUGCUUUCUUUGGAUUGUCUCUGAAGACUUCAAGGGUGCAAAUCAUCAGUGAAAACUAUUGGUGUGUGAGAAGCUUCCUGUUUUGGGGGAGGAGUUUGAAUGUGUAUUUGUUAGUGUGAAAGAAAAGUCAACUUUUAUUUUUGUGGCUUUCCAUAAAUGGUGAGAGGAUGGGGCAUGGUGUGGAAGAACUACGUUCUGAUUUUCUCCCCUACAAAUAAACAUGUAACUACCUUGUUCAGAGCUGACAGAAGGAAUAUACUGUCAUGGAAUUGUCUGAGAACCUCUUGACCUUGUGAGUUUUGAAACAACCACAUAAAAUUAAAGAAUGCUCUGA